AGCAAAAUUUCAACAAAAACAAUUAUUGUUGUUUCUUUUCUAUUUGCUACAAAAUAAAAACUUGCGAUUGUCAAAGCUCAAAUCAUUGUCAAAAGUGAAGAAGAGCAGACGAAAAAGGUACACAUUUGGAAAUACAGAACGAAGGAUUUUAUUUCUGAAGUAGUAGAUUUGCAUAGAACAUUCGACUGACUAAUCGCAUGUGAGUGAAAAUAAAAUUGUGAUAAUCGUUGUGAAAUGUUGAAAAUUUUCAUAAUAACGUAUACAAGAAGAAAUUGUGCAGUAUAGUUACAUAAAAUUGUGAAAAGGGGCUAGGUGUGGGAGGCGAACGUCGUAAAUUCGCUUUCUCAUGUCCAACACCUCUACAACCAGAAUAAAAAUCGAUUACUGAAUAUGGCAAUUUGUCUGACAGUAACUAAUCCUUUGGGAAAAACCAUGGAUAGAGUGUACCAAUGCAAGUGGAUUGGAGGCACAACAGCACCACAUCAUAGAAAAAAUACACAACGAAAUAAUUGUCUAUGGAGAAGCCCUUCAUUGGGCAAUGAUAGCAGAAAAGACAGCACCAUAGUGCGUGGCGGAGGCAAUAGCGGGCAGCUUGUUUGUGGCCAUGCAACACACAUACUAUACUCACUGCUGCUACUAGCAGCAUUAACGCAUACCGCCAAUGCAACUGCAACGGAUAUUGCGCUGGACGCAAAGGCAACACUUACACAUAGAAUUGAUAGUCUUAAUUUGUUAGUUUACACCUUUUUGCUGACUUUAACCGUACUGACAAUUUGGCUGUUCAAGCAUCAUCGUGUUUCCUGGUUACAUGAAACUGGCCUUGCAGUUAUUUAUGGACUGAUUGUUGGCGCGGUUAUACGCUAUGCCGGCACUUCAACACCGCUUGUGCACUUGGAAGUUGAACCUACUGGUGAUCCAAAGUUUAAUCAAACCUUGCCACCCGAUACAUUAUGGAUGAAGUUUCCUGGUAAAUUGACACCAAAUACCACCGACAAUGAGCCAAUACAGAACAAAACAUAUGCAUAUGUUUUUCGUGGUCAAGUCUACGCUGUUGAUGAGAAUGAAAUCGAUUUGAAAGCCACUUUUGACCCAGAAAUUUUCUUCAACAUAAUACUACCGCCAAUAAUAUUUCAUGCAGGCUAUAGUCUUAAAAAGAAAUACUUUUUCCGCAAUUUAGGCGCUAUUUUGAUGUUCGCCAUUUUGGGCACAACAUUGUCAUCGUUCCUAAUCGGCGCUAUUAUGUACGGCUGUGUGAAACUAAUGCCAGAAUAUUUGAGUAGUAGUUUCACAUUCCUGGACACGCUGUAUUUUGGAGCGUUGAUAUCGCCAACAGAUCCACUUACAAUAUUAGCUAUAUUCCACGAUUUGCAUGUGGACGUAAAUUUAUAUGCGCUGGUGUUUGGUGAAUCUGUACUUAAUGAUGCAGUGGCCAUUGUGCUCAGCGGCGCUAUACAAAACUAUGGCGAACAUUACUCUAGCACAGGUGGUUUCGAAACAAAUGCCUUCUUCAAAGCGCUUAGCGAUUUCUUCUGCAUAUUCAUGUUGUCGCUGUUGAUUGGCGCCACAAUGGGCUGUUUUACGGCAUUGUUGACCAAGUUUACCCGGGUACGUGAAUUCCCGCUACUGGAAUCAGCUCUUUUCGUUCUCAUGUCGUAUAGUACUUUCCUGAUUGCGGAAGCUUCUGAACUAACUGGCGUUGUGGCUGUGCUAUUUUGCGGUAUUUGUCAAGCGCAUUAUACAUACAACAAUCUGUCGGAGGAUUCACGCACGCGCACAAAGGAAAUAUUUGAAUUACUCAAUUUCUUGGCAGAGAAUUUCAUAUUUUCAUACAUUGGCGUUUCGAUGUUUACCUUUCCCAAACAUCAUUUUGAUGCUGUUUUCAUAAUAACCGGUUUUGUCACCGCUGCCAUUGGACGCGCAGUAAAUAUUUAUCCGCUUUCAUGGCUAUUAAAUUUGAAUCGUAAACCGAAAAUUUCUUCAAAUUUUCAACACAUGCUGUUCUUUGCAGGUAUGCGCGGCGCUAUGUCCUUUGCUUUGGCUAUACGUAAUACACUUUCUGAGGCACGUCAAACGAUGUUGACUACAACCUCGUUAAUUGUGAUCUUUACAGUCGUCAUACAGGGCGGCGCAUCCAAUUUUUUGCUAAAUUGGCUUAAAAUACCCGUUGGUGUCGAUGAAGAGACUGAACAACUAAAUAAUUAUCGAGUACGAAGUGUCUAUAAUUCAAUGGAAAAUACAGCGGCUGCGUCGAUCGAUACGGGACUCAAUUUGGGCCAGCUGCCUAUGUCGCGUCGACGCAGUUCCUUGUCUGAUGCAUAUUUGCAGGAUGUCGACGUAGAUGUCGAAGGCGCUGGUGGACUUGGUGAUGCAAGCACACAGGCGGCCAUAAAUGCAAAGCGCAAUGAGAAGGCAUUUUUGGCAAGAAUAUGGGGAAAUUUUGAUAGCAAGUAUAUGAAACCAUUGUUGACGCAUUCGCGACCAACUUUACUUGAGACUUUACCUGUUUGUUGCAAUCCCGUGGCGCGCUUACUCACCACAACCGAGCAAUUAACUCAGGAUGGUGGCGGUUUGCGACGCUCUGACUCAGAUUCGGACAUUUGUAUUGAUGAUGAGAAUUUUGGUGCGUCUUCAACGAAUGGUAAUGGCGCAGCUGGUGCCAAUGGGGGCAGUGGUGGUUCCGGUGGUAUGGGUCCGCGUCGCAACUCGAUAAAUCGUCAAGCGAAUUUUUUAAAUGAAGCUAACCAAUUGAUAACAGAUCUUAGUUUAGUUACUAAUAAUUUUAUGUAAAAUAAAAAAAAAGUCUUAUAGGUUAAACAAUUGCUUAAUUGUAAAAUAUUUCUUGUACUUGUAUUCAAAUUCACGUACACUAUGGACCAUGGUACAUACAACACACGAACAUACACACAUAUGUAUACGCAUUCAAACCCCCUCGCACUUACAUAAGUAUCACACCCAAGAUCACUCGUGCAUUGUAUUUAUUUAGAUUUCUCCACAGUUUCAUAUAAAAGCUAAAGCAUUUCCCCGAUAGAAGGUAGAACUUAAAAAUAGUAUCCGGUACAAUAUCACAGCUUCGCUUUCAGUCGCUGUGGCCCCGGUGGCAUAUUUGUCUAACAGUCGUUAUUCUAGAGUGUACAUUACACCGUACUAGAAAAAAAAAAUAUUCGUCGUACACCUUCGAAAUUUUGUAACUGUAUUUUGUGUAACCCAGCAGAAAAUAUUAUUUCAGGACCACUUCAGGACUUGGUUAGGAUCGUUUCGGAACUAGUUCGGCAUCUUUCCGUGAUCUGUUUAGGAGCUUUUCGGGAUCGUUUAGCUACCUGUUCAGGACCAUUUUCGGACUAUUUGACUAGUGCGGGAUCAUUCUGGGACUAGUUGUGGGCUAUUUUAGUUCGCGUUAUUUGCGGGGGUAGUUUAGGACCAUUCCGGAACUGGUGGAGAACUCUUUCAGGAUCAUUUCGGUAGUAGUUCAGACGAUUUUUGGACUGGUUCAGAACUAUUUCGGGAUAGUUCAUGACUAUUUCUGGACCAUUCUGGGGCUGGUUCGCGAUCAUUGUGCCACUGGUAAGGAACCAUUUCAGGACGUUUCGUGACUUGUUCGAGAUCAUAUCGGAACAAGGUAACAACUUUUUUAGAACCACUUCAGCGAUCAGUUCGAGAUCAUUUAGCUUAGUUGAAAUUAGUUACGAAGUGAUCUUCGAUUCGAAGACAAUUUCGAAUAUUUUACAUUUUUUCGUCAUAACUUCGGCAUUUAUAGUCGGAUCUUAAAGUAUGGUACGCCUUUUUUUCUGGAGGAGGGCUAUCAGCUGUUUAUAAAAGUAUGAAAAGUCGUCAGAACCCACAAUAGAGUGUAGGAAAACUCUAAACUAACGGGAAAAUAAAUACAAAACGAAGGUAAUGUGGGCACCAGGAUAUAAAAAUAGUUUGGAUUCUGCGAAGCGGAUGAACUUCCAUAGUCAAGUACAUGCUUAUCGACCGUAAACACUCACGAGGCGCAUAUAUUGCAGGCAUCGGGCAAGCUUUGGCUUAAGUUAGAGCUCCUCCACAUCAAGCUUUUAUAGCGUUGCGACUUUUGGCUCUCAGACCGUAAUAAAUAUACAGCUUACGAGCUUAAUAGAGUGCUGAAGCCUGAAAAUCACUGAACGCCUGAUAAACUUUGUAAGAUGUUCCAGUCUUAUGUAUGUACUUCAACUGGGAAUAGGAAUCAAUGCGGGCCACUGACUUCCGGAAUGUACGGCAGCGGAAUGGACUUUCUGGCAUAUGACUACUGUCGCAACUGCCGUGACGAUGAAGAAAUCGAUAUACACUUGCUUUGCUACUUUUCGGGUCUGGCUAGACAUGGGUUGAGAUAUCUCCAUUAGUACUUUUUCAACGUCUGGCAGACCUGAACUACUCGACGAAAAUAUGCAAACUACAUAGCUUCAUUCGACAAACUUCAGUGGCUCUAUACUUAGGUAAACUGUCGGAAGCAACAUUAAGCCAAUUAAACGAUCCCCUUAGACCUACAAAAGUGUGCCUCCAUGCAGUAUAUGGAUGCGGGAAGCCAACAAGUAUCAAGAACGUAUGUUGUUAUGUAACAGUAAUGCGAGUUUCACCCUCUAUAUUUUUGGAGUACCUACCGACGUGCCCAGAAGUCUCGUGGCAAUAAUUCGGUGGUCAUAAGCAAUAAUCGCCUAAGUCGAAAACACUGAAUUCGAGAAAAAACGUUUUAAACAUUUGGAUUGUAAUGCUAUCCUUAUGGUGAAACCAAAUUUGUUCGUUUCGUCUAUAGCUUUUUAAAUAGCCUAGCUGGCGAGAUGGGGAUUUCACAUACACAUGGAAUAGUAGUUGCAGAAUACUCAUAUCUUUCUUAAGUCGACUUAAGCAGUUAUUGCUUACGACCACAGAAUUUACAAAAUAAAUUAGGGAUAAUGCCCAUUGAAGGAUUGAAAACAUUGGUGACCUAGUCUGGCCAACAAUCCACUGAAGAUCCCAAUCAAAAGCAGUGCUGCGCCCACCACAUUCGAGUUGCUCUGAACCUGUCAAAAGCGUAUUUCAUCUGUAUUCGAUUAGGUUCUCAAUCGUCUCAUUUGCUGAUGGUUUCUGUGUAAUGCUACCAGGGAACGAUUUUGGCGAACAAUAAGCAAGUUCUUGUGAAUAGUUACAUACAUAUAUAUGUAUAUACAUAUAUCUCGGGAAGAUAAAUAGUUGUCAAAUCCAUGAUCAUUCUAUUCACUACAUUGAACGGAGAAUGUGGGCCUCUCGAACUGGUCCUAAAACUCUAGUUAAUAAAACUGUUGGCCAAAUCUCCGUACGCUGCAGCGUAUGGGCGCCGACAUGGUAUGGGGCAUAGCUAACAGCUUAACUUGCACGGUAAUGCAGUAUUCGAGUGUUUAGAAAUCUUUACUUUAAAUAUUUAGAAUAUUUAUGUGGUGUUUGAAGAGGGUUCCCACCUGUUUAAAAAGUUGAUUUCAAAUUGUUUAAUAAUUUCGACGAUCAUUAAAAGGUGUUUACCAACCGAAACGGGUUUAUUCGAAACUUCAUUUACAAGGGUUACCACUUAUUUGAAAAAUCAAGUUCAACUUAAUUCAUCAGUUAGUUGAAAUGUUUAUGCCAAUGUCAAACGAAAGAGAUUUAAGAAGAUUUUAGUUUGAAAACACUCUUGAGAAGGGUUGCCACCUGUUCGAAACGUCGAAUUUACUUAACUUGUAUACAAAAUAUACAUACAUAUAUGAUAUACUUAAAUAAGAGUGUCAAACGAAUGAGUUGUAUGAAAGCUUUAAUUUGAGAAUACAUUUUAUUAGGAUUGCCAGCUGUGUACAUACAUGUGUAUAAAUAUAAUAUGAGAAGACAUU